AUGGCAGCACUUCUUCCCCUGCUGCUCGCCCACCUACUCCUCUGCGCCGAUGGCGCCACCGCCUCCUCGGCCGCGACGCCGCCGCCUCUCCCGGUCCUGCCCGUCCCGUCCUACGCGCAGCUCCGGUGGCAGCUCUCCGAGAUGGCGCUCUUCCUCCACUUCGGGCCCAAUACCUUCACGGACUCCGAGUGGGGCACCGGCCGCGCCAACCCCUCCGUGUUCGCUCCCUCGGCACUCGACGCGGGCCAGUGGGCGCGCGUCGCGGCGCAGGGAGGGUUCGGCCGCGUCGUGCUCACCGCCAAGCACCACGACGGUUUCUGCCUCUGGCCGUCGGCACUGACCAACUACUCGGUGGCCGCCUCGCCGUGGCGGGGCGGGGCUGGGGACGUCGUCGCCGAGCUCGCCGCAGCCGCGCGCGCGGAGGGGAUCGGGAUGGGGCUUUACCUCUCGCCGUGGGACCGCCACGAGCCGGUGUACGGGGACACCAUCGCUUACAACGAGCAUUACUUGGGACAGAUGACGGAACUGCUGACCAGGUAUGGAGAUGUAGAGGAAGUUUGGCUAGAUGGUGCAAAGGGCGAUGCCAAGAAGAUGAAUUAUAUGUUUGAUGCCUGGUUUUCACUUAUACAUCAGCUACAACAAAGGGUAGUUAUCUUCUCAGAUGCUGGACCAGACACUAGAUGGGUGGGAGAUGAGGCAGGAGUCGCAGGCUAUACUUGCUGGUCUCCCUUCAACAAGAGCUCCGUGACAAUUGGGCAUACCAUUGCUGAAUACUCACGCAGUGGGGAUCCUUUUGGGCAAGACUGGGUUCCUGCAGAAUGUGAUGUUUCUAUCAGACCAGGUUGGUUCUGGCAUGCCUCAGAGAAACCAAAAAAUGCGACAACUCUGCUUGACAUAUACUACAAAUCAGUUGGUCGAAACUGUCUCCUCAUUUUGAAUGUCCCUCCCAAUUCAUCUGGCCUCAUUGCCAAUGAAGACAUACAAGUCCUUCAGGAAUUCACUGAGAUUCGGCGUGCAAUUUUCUCUCAAAACUUUGCUGCUAAUGCCACUGUCACAGCAAAUAGUGUGCGUGGUGGGCAAGAUAAUCUGCAGUUUGCACCAUCCAAAGUGCUUGAAGAUGGCAUAUACUCCUACUGGGCUCCGCAGGAAGGGCAAACCUGCUGGGAAAUGCUCUUCGACCUUGGGCAAUCUACUUCCUUCAACAUGCUCCAGCUCCAGGAGCCUAUACAACUGGGGCAGCGUGUUAUUGAGUUUCAUGUGGCUAUCCUCAUAGAUGAACUGUGGCAAACAAUUGUUGAAGGCACAACAAUCGGGUACAAGAGGCUCCUACUGUUUCCAGUCAUUGAAUCUCAGUACCUGAAGCUUUCCAUUGACAGUGCACGCGCAGAUCCACUUAUCUCGUUCUUUGGUGUCUUCAUGGAUCCCUUCUUGUCCAGACAUAGUUUACAGAAUCAUGUCAAACCACCCCGCACAAACAGUAGCGAAGUUACAAUGUUGAGGAUGGCCCAUGCUUCUGUCAACAAGAGUAUUGCCGCAAUGUAG